UCCUCAAAUACCGCGCCCUUGAAUUCAAAAUCCAAAACUAAAAAAAAUAAGAGACCAACCCGUUUGGAGAGAGAGCUCGAGAAAAAACAGAAGCCCCACCUUCCCGCUUCCUCCCCUCUGCCAGUACUCUUUCUCUGGUGUCAGUCAGCGAGUGAGAGGAGCAGAGAGAGAUCAUGGGCUGCGUCGCUUCCGGGCUGAUCAACGACGAGCUGAACAAGGAGGCCGACCCGACCAACGGCCACGGCGGGCACAGCAUCAGCCACAUUGUCUCCCUCACUUCCACUACCUACGGCCUCCUCACCCUCGACUCCCCCUGCUCCAAGCCCACCGACAAGGGCUCCAGACGCUUCGCCCUCUCCCUCGCGCCCUCCCCGCCCGCCGCGAGGAUCGUCUUCCACCGAACCACCCCCAGCGCCUCCGCCGCCGCUGCAGCCACGGAGCCCCAGGCGCCGGAGGUCAUCAACGCGUGGGAGCUCAUGGACGGUCUCGACGGCGACGCGGCGGUGAAGGCCCCCUCCCCAUGUCCGCCCGUCGGAGAGAAGGCGGUGGUCUUCUACUCGACGACGCUGGGAGGGAUCAGGAAGACGUUCGAGGACUGCAACAGGGUGAGGGCGGUGCUGGAGGGGCUGGGGGUGGCAGUGAGCGAGAGGGACGUGUCGAUGCACUCUGCGUACAGGGAGGAGCUCAGGGGUCUGUUGAUGGCGUUGGCCGGAGGAGGAGCGCAGCCACAGGGGGCGGGGGUGCCGAGGGUGUUCAUCAAAGGGAAGCACGUAGGAGGGGCGGAGGAGGUGGUGAGUAUGCACGAGGAGGGGAGGCUAACGGCGAUGGUGGACGGGCUGCCCAGGGCUCGAGCCGGCGAGGUGUGCGAGGGGUGCGGAGGGGUGAGGUUCGUGCCCUGCUUCGAGUGCAACGGCAGCCGGAAGCUGGUCACGGACAAGUGCAAGAUGGCGUUGAGAUGCCCUGAAUGUAAUGAGAAUGGCCUCGUUCUCUGCCCAAUCUGCUGUUAAAUCAAAAUUUAUGUGUAAAACAAGCACUAAUGUCAAUAGUUUCUUCACAAUAAUGUAUCUCUACUCCUA